AUGGGCAAGAAAGGCCUGGUCUCCAUCUUCUCCCGGCUCGUGGACUCCGGCGCCCCCUCCUCCACGUCCACCGCCGCCGCCGCCUCCUCGCCGUGGCCGUGGCCGCCGUGCGGGACCAACCCACAGACGGCCUCCUUCCGCGCCGGCGCUGGCGAGCCCUGCUGCACGGCGACGGCAGCAGCAGGUCGCCGGGGCGCCCACGCGGCGGCGCGCGGCGAAAUGUACAAGACGGUCAACUCGGUCUACCUGGAAGACCCCGCCGCGGACGACUUCUUCUCCCUCUCCCUCGCCUGCGACGACGACGGGGAGGAAGGGGCGGCUGACGGCCGGCUCUACCUCCACGACGACGACGACGACGGCAGCUUCUCGACCACCACGGCGUCCGAGGAGUGGUCGGAGGCCGUGAUCCGCAGCCUGGGGCGGACGUCCACCGACCGCUUCUUCUUCGACCCGCCGGGCCCGCUGCCGGCGUCCAACUCCAUCCUCGUCACGGCCGCAGCACCCGAGCCGGCGAGGAAGGCACUCCCCCCGGCGGAGACGGAAGAGGAGAAGACGACGGUAACGCGCGGCGUUCACGAUGACGCGGACGACGACGCCGUCAAGCAGACACAGCAGCAGCAGCAACCAACGACGGCGACGUCUCUGGCGGAGCGCAGCGUGGCGGUGGCGGUGGACUCGGGCGACCCGUACGGCGACUUCCGGGCGUCGAUGGAGGAGAUGGUGUCCGCGCACGGGCUCCGCGACUGGGCGGCGCUGGAGGAGCUCCUGGCGUGGUACCUCCGGAUCAACGGGAAGCAGCAGCACCACCUCAUCGUCUGCGCCUUCGUGGACCUGCUCCUGAGUCUGUCGUCGUCCUCCUCCUCCUCCGCGCCCUCAAGUACCGCCGCCGAGACUAGCACCACCACCACCACCACCUCGAGCAGCAGCACGACGGCCACUACCACCAGUGUCGCCAGCGACGCCGUCGUCACAACCGGCGCCGCCGCAGCAGCAGCAGCGGUGGUGGAGCAUCAGCGUGGCGGAGUGAACCAUGUCGCCCCUUGCUCCUCCUGCUACUACCGCGCCGCCGCGGGCGACGUCCAGGUGGACGUGGAGGCGGCGGUGGAGGGUGACGACUGA